CUCAAAAAAAUUUCCCAAAAGCAAAAAGUCGGCUCCGGAGUCUUCUUUCGCGUGAAGAAGACGCUCCUCUCUCUCUCUCUCUCUCUCUCUCUCUCAAACAGCCGGAGACGCAAACCCUAGACUAGAAAGAACCUCGCUUUCCCGAUCAUGGCGGACGCAAUCUCAUCCCCGGAUCACGAGCGAGGGUCCGACCUCUCCAAGCCCCGUCUCUACAACCCCUACCAGGAUCUCCAGGUGCCGAUCCGAAACCUCUACCAGCUCCCAACCUCCCCCGAGUUCCUCUUCGACGAAGAAGCUCGCCGCCAGCGCCGAUCCUGGGGCGAGAACCUUACAUUCUACACUGGAUGCAGCUACCUCACCGGAGCCGUCGGCGGCGCCGGCGCAGGCCUCGUCACCGGCGUCAAGUCAUUCGAGCCUGGCGACACCACGAAGCUCCGCAUCAAUCGCAUUCUAAAUGCUUCGGGUCACGCGGGACGCGUUUGGGGGAAUCGAUUGGGCGUGAUCGGAUUGAUGUACGCCGGUUUGGAGAGCGGCAUCGUAUCGUUGAGGGAUACUGAUGAUGUGUGGAACAGCGUCGCGGCUGGCCUCGGUACGGGUGCUCUGUAUCGGGCGGCGAGAGGGGUGAGGUCGGCGGCGGUGGCGGGCGCGGUCGGCGGGGUUUUGGUCGGCGCGGCGGUGACGGCGAAGCAGGUGGUCAAGCGAUAUGUGCCUAUUUGAGAGGGGAGAUUUUAUUGUGAGUGUUAACUCUUGUUUAUUUAAUUUGGCCAAUUUUGAUAGUUAGGGCAUCGUCCAUGGAAAAAGAAGAUUAUAAGAAGAAUGGACAAUAUGUUGUCUUUGAAACUUGAAUUUAACUUUGUUGUUGAAUAGCUCAGCAUGGGAAGCACAUGCUUUUAUUACGAUUUUAUUGAAUUCCAUAGAAUUCGUGGAAAACCCAGAUAAAUAAAUAAUUGAAAUGGAUUUGAUAUUGUGGAUA